AUGUCAGUUCUGUUCGACGCUGAAGAGUCGCCCGAGAAGGCGCUACCUCGAGAGUUGGAUCUUUCAACGUCACGUAUAGCGGUGGUCGGGGAUCGCGGAUGCGGCAAAACGUGGGUUGCAGUGCGUUGGUGUUAUGGCAGUCUGAAGCUUUUGAACCUGGCCGACACAGGAGGCGCUGAAGACAUUCAUAGUCGCAAAAUAUACUACCAGCCCCUGGUCAAGUCUCAGAAUUACCUUGAACACUCGAGGUUGCAGCUAGAUCUACUUACCAAUCUGGUGGAAGUCGAGCUGCUAAAGAGCAACGAGGUCGCGCACGUUUCGGAGGGGGCAGCAGAUUCAGAUGCCACUUCUCAGGACUGCGACGUGGAUGUCCUAAAUGUUCAGGUUCUGGAGGGUCUCAAUUUCGAGCAGUCAGACUAUAUCGAACUAAAGGCUGUCCAAAUCAAACAAACCGAUGGGUUUUUGCUCUGCUAUGAUGUCACGAAUCUGCAGUCUUUCCAGUACAUUAAACUAAUCUACCGCCAAAUCCGUAAACUGCGCGGAGACGACGUCCCCAUAUUGGUGUGUGCGCUAAAGUCAGACUUGCUGCUAACCGAAGGAGCCGUCGACAUGCCGCAUGUCGCUGAGCUGUGCGAUGAAUUGCAAGUGGAUAUGGACAGGGAAUACCUCGAGUUGUCCGCGCUGGAGGACUUUGGAGUGAAUGAGGCGUUCUAUCGGUUGUUGAAGGAUAUUGAUGCGCAUAAAGAGCAACUAAGGAAACGCCAGAGCGCGACAAGGCCUCCCGCCGCAAUCGCAGUCGACCGAGUCAUUUCCGGCGAGAAACCCAGCCCUGACGCUGUAAAAUUGGCGACAAGGGAAACGGCUCACAGUGUGGCCAGCGCUGAUUUAGACGGAUCGUCGGGCACUCCUACCGUGGCUGCCGCUGGCAACGGGCGUAAAAUUAAAUCCGCCAUCGGCAAGGCCGGCGGUCCCGAAUCCUCGAAAAGCUCCAAAUCCUGCUGCGUGGUCUGUUAG